UCACUCUCUCAGCUCUGCCUCCAUCUGAUUGAGUACCUUUUCAUUCUUGGGCACUCAGCAACAGUCUCUGACCAUCUCACACACACACACACACACUCACUCACACACCCUCUGGAAGGAAUCCUGCAGUUUGCGGCUGCAGUGCUCUGGAUAUGCCGGACCGUCUGCUCUGAGUGUCCCCUCAAUCAGAUCACGAGGACGAGGAGUUUGCAUGUGGAUACGGAUCCAAAGACUCUAGCAACUGUCAGAGACGGAGCUGGAUACGCCGGAAACGCGAGGAGGAAAAGGACAGUCUUGUCCCCAAGAGGACCAACACCAGCAGCGGACAGGACAAGAAACGGACAGACUCCAGCAGACGUUCAGCCAUGCAUGGCUCCACCCUUAUAUUCGUCCUCAUUGGGGUGCUCCUGUACUUAAUGAUGGGGGCUCUGGUGUUCAAUGCCCUAGAGGCUCCGAAUGAGGAAGCCCAUCAUGAUGAGCUGCAAGAAACCCGUCAGGAGUUCUUGGGCAACUACACGUGUGUAAACCCUGACAAUCUGUCGUAUCUGAUAGAUAAGGUGGCAGAGGCUAUCAGUGUUGGAGUUGACCCCAACAGCAAUACCACAUUCAGUACCAGUUGGGACCUGGCCAGCGCUUUCUUCUUCUGUGGCACCAUUGUCACCACCAUCGGUUAUGGGAACAUCUCUCCAAAGACAAUGUGGGGUCAGUUCUUCUGUAUCUGCUAUACACUGGUGGGCAUUCCCUUGUUUGGAUUUCUGUUGGCUGCCGCAGGAGACCAUUUGGGGACGUCACUGAGGAACGCCAUUGCUAAAAUUGAAGCUCUUUUAUGGAAGUGGAAGGUGAGCCCAACCAUCGUGCGUGUCAUCACCGCUGUGCUGUCCAUCCUGCUGGGUUGUGUUCUCUUCGUCUUUGUGCCAAUUUUAGUCUUCCAGAGGGUUGAAAAUUGGUCUCUGCUAGAAUCCGCCUACUUUGUGGUCAUCACCCUCACAACAGUGGGCUUUGGAGACUAUGUUGCAGGUGAUGGUGGUGAUGCAGGUCAAGAUCAUUGGUACAAGCCUCUGGUGUGGUUCUGGGUUUUGUUUGGAUUGGCCUACUUUGUGUCCAUUCUUUCCAUGAUUGGGAACUGGAUCCUGGUUCUUACCAAAAAAACCCGAGCUGAGAUGGAGGGAUUGAGAGCACAUGCCUCAGACUUUACUCAGAACAUCCAGAACAUGUCUGUGGAUUUCCGCAUUCCGCAAGAUCCUUUCAAGCGCAGCAGGCGAAAGCGGCGUCAUAGGCGCCACAGACACAAUGGCAGUCAGGGGAGAACUGGAGAGGAUGGAAAAGAGGAGAAUGAAUCCGAAUCCGGCUCCUACUCGGGUUCAUCGGAUGAGUCGGGAAGCAGCUCUGAGUCUGAAUCGGAGGUGACCCAGACAGAGCGCGUCCCAGAGGGAAAGGGUAGCGACAAGGGCAAAGAUUUAGAGAAAGAGGAAAAACUCCACACCAUGCCUAAAGAUACCGUCCUCUCUCAGCCCUUGGAUUAUUUUGGGGAAAAUCUUGCAUACAUCGACGAGUCUUCAGAUGCAGUGAGUGGGAAGAUUCACCUGGACCCCCUGCUGGAUGUACCAGAAUCGAACCCAGCUUCUACAGACAGGCCCAAAAGGAGACGUCAAAGGAGACACUUGAGAAGGGAUCAACAGAAACCCAAGACCCCCAAAACCAGUCCAAACGAACCAGAGAAUAAAGCGCCAAAUGGAGACAUUAGGCAGAAAGAGUCACCUACGCCAAAGCUAAUUUGAGAUUUGUCCACCUUCUCAC